AAAGAGAGACAGUCUCACUCUCUCUCUCUCCCCGUCUCCUUCCCCCAAAUGACUCAUCCCUAAUUUUCUCCAAAAUUGCAUCUUUUUUGCUGCAAUGCUCGAUCUCCGGUUCCGAUUUGGCGCGGGGAUCUGAUUCCUGCGACUUCUUUGAUCCCUUUUGGUGCUGAAUUGAGGUGGGUGGAGUGGAGGGGAGCGGGAAGGCGAUGCUGGGAGCAAUGGACGGCGGGUGCCACCAUAGCUCCGGGGAGAGCAGCGAGGAGGAACUGUCGGUGCUGCCGCGGCACACCAAGGUGGUAGUGACCGGCAACAACCGGACCAAGUCGGUGCUCGUCGGCCUCCAGGGGGUCGUCAAGAAGGCUGUCGGCCUCGGCGGAUGGCAUUGGCUGGUUCUUACUAAUGGCAUAGAAGUGAAACUGCAAAGAAAUGCCCUUAGUGUCAUUGAAGCCCCUACUGGUCAUGAGGAAGAUGAUGAGAUUGAAUGCGACAACAUGCACUGGAAUGGUUCGGAUGUGGUUCUUGCAGUGUGUGAUGAUGUGCAAGCACAAAAGCCACACAGGUCAAGAGUCAGGCACCAUAAAGGGUCAUCUAACAAAUCCUUGAGCCGGUCUCAGUCCUGUGAUUCACAUUCUAAGGGAUCUAUUUCAUCUUCCAGGGGUGCAACGAAAGUUGACCUGAGCAAGCUGGAAACAAGAGCAUUGUGGAGAUAUUGGCGUCAUUUUAAUCUUGUGGAUGCCAGUCCUAACCCUUCUAAAGAGCAGCUAGUUGAUGCAGUCCAGAGGCACUUCAUGUCACAGCAAUUGGACGAGUUGCAGGUUAUCAUAGGGUUUGUGCAGGCUGCAAAGAGAUUGAAGACAGUCUGCAAUUGACCUGAGAGGAGCUUCCUACAUUUUAUCUUGCUAACAGAUUGGUAGUAGGCCUUCGCUAUCUGUAGCCACAUCAUGUAACAUAUGUAAGAUGAGUUUGGGUGUCGGAACAAGUUUGGUUACUGAUUUGGGGAGCUAGAAUUUUCCUGUUCAAGUCCUAUAAUGUAGAUAAGUACUGCAGUAAGGGCCACUCAGGCAGUAUGCUUGGGGACAUUAUCAAUGGUGCACUGCUGAGAAUGAGUAAGAAAUGUCAUGUUCUUGUUCUUUAGGUGUCAAAUCCUGGAACUGUUAUCAAAAUGGAUGUCUUGUUUUACGUA